AGCACACAAGGCAGACCAGGCAGACUCUAAGGCUUCUGUGGACGGGAAGGGCUCAGCUGGUCUUCCCUGCUUGGAUCUCUGUGUCUGCUCCAUCCAGAGACUGUAUCAUGCACUGCUGAGUAACCAAUCAAGCCAGAAGUGCACUGUAGCAGGUUGCCAGGCUAAAAUAUAAUUUUCUUUCUGGAAAGGAGAGGCAAAUAACAUUUUACCAGAAGAGGGGCUCAAACAGGUACUUCAACCAUGGAGAAUGCACAUACGAAAACAGUGGAGGAGUGCUUAGCUUAUUUCGGAGUCAAUGAGAACACAGGUCUAUCACCAGAACAAGUGAAGAAGAACUUUGACAAAUUUGGACCCAAUGAGCUGCCUGCUGAGGAAGGCAAAAGUCUAUGGGAGCUGGUGGUUGAGCAGUUCGAGGACCUGCUGGUUCGAAUAUUGCUACUAGCCGCAUGUAUCUCCUUUGUGUUGGCCUGGUUUGAAGAAGGAGAAGAGACUGUCACCGCCUUUGUGGAGCCCUUUGUUAUCCUUCUGAUUCUGAUUGCUAAUGCUGUCGUUGGCGUGUGGCAGGAAAGAAAUGCUGAAGAUGCUAUUGAAGCCCUCAAGGAAUAUGAGCCAGAGAUGGGCAAGGUCUACCGUACUGACAGGAAGUCCGUACAGAGAAUCAAAGCCAGAGAGAUUGUUCCAGGUGACAUCUGUGAAAUUGCAGUUGGUGACAAGGUACCUGCAGACAUCCGAAUUGUUGCAAUUCGUUCUACCACUCUGAGAGUUGACCAGUCUAUCCUGACAGGAGAAUCCGUAUCUGUUAUCAAACACACUGACCCCGUCCCAGAUCCCCGUGCUGUCAACCAGGACAAAAAAAAUAUGCUUUUCUCUGGUACCAACAUUGCUGCUGGCAAGGCUAUUGGAGUUGUUAUUGCCACUGGUGUCUCCACAGAGAUUGGGAAGAUUCGUGAUGAAAUGGUAGCCACUGAACAAGACAAGACACCACUACAACAGAAACUGGAUGAGUUUGGCGAGCAGCUCUCCAAGGUCAUCACUCUUAUCUGCAUUGCUGUGUGGCUUAUUAACAUUGGGCACUUCAAUGAUCCUGUCCAUGGUGGUUCCUGGAUCCGUGGUGCAGUUUACUACUUCAAAAUUGCAGUUGCUCUGGCUGUUGCUGCCAUUCCAGAAGGCUUGCCUGCUGUCAUCACAACUUGUCUUGCUCUGGGUACUCGCCGUAUGGCCAAGAAGAAUGCAAUUGUCAGAAGCUUGCCUUCCGUUGAGACCCUUGGCUGCACCUCAGUCAUCUGCUCAGACAAGACUGGCACACUCACUACCAACCAGAUGUCUGUCUGCAAGAUGUUCAUUAUUGAAAAAGUAGAUAAUGAUAUCUGCACCCUGAAUGAGUUCUCCAUUACCGGCUCCACCUAUGCCCCUGAAGGAGAGGUCCUGAAGAAUGACAAGUCUGUGAAAUGUGGGCAGUAUGAUGGUCUGGUGGAACUGGCCACUAUCUGUGCCCUCUGCAAUGACUCUUCCCUUGACUUCAAUGAGUCUAAAGGUGUGUAUGAGAAGGUUGGUGAAGCCACCGAAACUGCCCUUACUUGCCUGGUUGAAAAGAUGAAUGUGUUUAACACUGACACUCGUGGACUGUCCAAGGUUGAACGUGCCAACGCAUGCAAUUCAGUUAUCAAGCAACUGAUGAAGAAGGAAUGCACACUGGAGUUCUCCCGCGACAGAAAGUCUAUGUCCGUCUUCUGUUCGCCAGCCAAGGCUGCUCGCGCUGCUGUUGGAAACAAGAUGUUUGUCAAAGGUGCCCCUGAAGGAGUGAUUGAUCGUUGCAAUUAUGUCCGUGUUGGUACUACCCGUGUACCCAUGACCAGUGCCAUCAAGGACAAGGUCAUGACUGUUAUUAAGGAGUAUGGUACAGGAAGAGACACCCUGCGUUGUCUGGCACUUGCUACCCGUGACACCCCCCCAAAGAAGGAAGACAUGCAGCUUGAAGACUCAACCAAGUUCGGCGAGUAUGAGAGUGAUCUGACUUUUGUUGGCUGUGUUGGUAUGCUGGACCCACCUCGUAAAGAAGUCACUGCCUCAAUUAAUCUGUGCCGUAAAGCCGGUAUCCGUGUAAUCAUGAUUACUGGUGACAACAAAGGUACUGCCAUUGCUAUCUGCCGUCGUAUUGGCAUCUUUGGUGAAGAUGAAGACGUAAGCCGCCAAGCUUACACCGGUCGUGAGUUUGAUGAUCUCCCACCUGCUGAGCAGAGAGAGGCCUGUCGCCGUGCCCACUGCUUUGCCCGUGUUGAACCCUCUCACAAGUCAAAGAUUGUGGAGUUCCUACAGUCAUUUGAUGAGAUCACUGCUAUGACUGGUGAUGGUGUAAAUGACGCUCCUGCCCUGAAGAAAGCUGAGAUUGGUAUUGCCAUGGGAUCUGGUACCGCUGUUGCUAAGACUGCUUCUGAAAUGGUGUUGGCUGAUGAUAACUUCUCUAGCAUUGUAGCAGCUGUUGAGGAAGGCCGUGCCAUCUACAACAACAUGAAGCAGUUUAUCCGUUACCUAAUCUCUUCCAAUGUUGGUGAGGUUGUUUGUAUUUUCCUGACUGCUGCAUUGGGUCUGCCAGAAGCUCUGAUUCCUGUCCAGCUGCUGUGGGUGAACUUGGUUACUGAUGGUCUGCCUGCCACUGCCUUGGGUUUCAACCCCCCUGAUUUGGACAUCAUGAACAAAGCACCCCGUAGCCCCAAAGAAUCCCUCAUCAGCAAGUGGUUGUUCUUCAGAUACAUGGCUAUUGGAGGUUACGUUGGUGCUGCAACAGUUGGUGCUGCUGCAUGGUGGUUUAUGUAUGCCGAUGGUGGUCCUGAGGUCAACUACUACCAGCUGUCCCACUUCAUGCAGUGCACAGAAGAGAAUCCUGACUUUGAAGGACUAGAUUGUGAGGUGUUCGAGUCACCCUAUCCUAUGACCAUGGCUCUGUCUGUGUUGGUCACUAUUGAGAUGUGUAAUGCCCUCAACAGCUUGUCUGAGAAUCAGUCCCUGGUGAGGAUGCCUCCUUGGUCCAAUUGCUGGCUUCUGGGUGCCAUCUGCCUCUCCAUGUCUCUCCACUUCCUUAUCCUUUAUGUUGAGCCUCUUCCUCUGAUCUUCAAAUUGACACCCUUGAAUGUAACACAGUGGCUGAUGGUCUUAAAGAUCUCAUUGCCUGUCAUCUUACUGGAUGAGGUGCUGAAAUUUGUAGCUCGUACCUACGUUGAAGUAUAAAUUCAUUUCAUCUCCAAUUUCUCACUGCUGCCUUAAGUACCUGAAUUGGCAUACAAAUAAAACAGUAAAGAAACAACAAAAGCUCGCUGGAAAUUGGGAUUGUAACAUUUUAAUUUUUAGAGUCAAUGAGGCACUUGCAGAGCUUCACCUAUCUGUGCACAAAAUAAAACCCCAUAAAUAAGGUAUCUUCAUCCAAGAGAAUCGACAACCAACAGAAACACAGAAGACGGACACCUUGGGAACACAACAAUCUGCUUGCUUUCAGCUCUUCCAGCUGCUUCUGUCCAUUCUUAAGCUCACCUGCAGAUAUUGUGCAAAAUACAUAGAUCUUUAAGAGAAAAAAAAACACAAUUGAAAACAGUAAUUCCCUGACGGAUAUUUGCAGGUGAACGUGAGGAUUACAUCUUAGAUUUUAGUCUUCAUUAUUGUGUGUGUGUGUGUGUGUGUGUGUGUGUGUGUGUGUGUGUGUGUGUGUGUGUGUGCGCAUGUGUGCGUGUGUGUGUGCGCGUGCGUGUUUCUGUAUGGUCUGAUCUCAUGUCGUUGUACACCUCACAAAUGCUUUCUCAAAAUUGAAGGACCUUUCACAGUCGCCCAAAAGCUUGAACGCUGUAAAAUUGAAAGCUGUGUCCAUGUCGCCGUUUGUCGUCUCAUUAUAUAUUGGGGAAUGAGAAGCUGAGUGCCUGUUGCACUAUUGUUGAAUAACAGACAUUGCAAAGAAGUGUAUUAAAAUGUUAUAAGCUUUGGGGAGGGUAAAUCAAUGUGAUGUACUCUGAAUUGUUAUGGAUGCUUAUUUAUUUAAAAUUAUGUGCAGUAGUGUGGAAUUAGUUCAGUUAUGCAGCAGUAUCUCUGUUCCUUAGAUGAGGGCUCUGCAGAGGAGACUCUCCCUCUCCCUGAAUUUAUACUGAAGUAUUUCUGUUGCCUCACUGAGGAGGAUCUUGUAUUUUUUGUCUAUAAUUUAUUACCAAAGACUCAGGAGUGGAAUUUGCAUCCUAUAGUUCACAGCUUCUUCCAGCCCAAGAACAUUAUGCCAGGUUUUUACCCCACAGACUGGGAAACCUGCAGAACCCAUGUUUGUGUGCGUGUACAAGAUACGGGAAUGAGGGAUAGAAGGAAGAAAGAAGGAAAGUAAACUGAUGUUAGCAGCCUUGUAACAAAAAUCAAAGGACUUAAACCAUUUCAACAACAUCAUUGUCAUCAUGAGGAUUUUCCUGGAGGGGUGGUAAGGGGGUCACAACUGGAGAGAGGUGCAUAGAACUUUUUUUUUUCAGAAACUCUGAACCUUACCUCUGUGCUUUCUUAUAUGAAGCGGGUUUUAUGAUAUUUUCAAAUAAAUAACUUAUAAUUUCAUUGAU